AAGGUGGAAUGAGUUGUAGUGAGGAAGUGCUGAUGAUUAUGAAGUAAUUGGCAGUUUUGAUUCUUUCAAGCACGCUUAUUGCUUCAACAGUAGCUAUGGCGUUGAGUAGUACGUUGAAGGAGUUUCCGAAUUACAGGCCGUUAUUCUUGACGAUCUACGCCGUUCUGAUGAUCGGAAUGGUUUUGUCGUCUCUGUACGUAUUUCCCGACGUCAUCGCUCGCUCGAAUCGCGUCGUUUCGUCUUUUAGAUUCUCUACUUCAGGUAUUUCCGGUGACGAUACUGCAAUUAUUUAUUCUCCAUCACUGGGUAGAUCAUCCAAUUCUUCUAAAAAAAUAGCAGAUAAACUAGAAAAUGCAGCCUCUCAACAGGAAAAUAAGAAUUUGGCACCUGUUUGGAAGGUCCCUCCUGGUUCAAAAAUGCCACCAUUGGAGACCUUUAAACUGAGGAAGGAAUUGGUUCAAGAAAGAGUGAAGGACAAUGUCAUCAUUCUGACGUUUGGGAACUUUGCCUUUAUGGAUUUCAUUCUGAAUUGGGCUAAACACUUGACUGAUAUGGGAAUUCAUAACCUUAUUGUUGGUGCAAUGGACACAACACUGCUGGAAGCUCUUUAUUGGAAAGGUGUUCCAGUUUUUGAUAUGGGUAGCUACAUAAAUACAACAGGUGUUGGUUGGGGCUCUGCGACAUUUAACAAGCUCGGACGAGAUAAAAUAUCUCUUCUAGAUUCUUUCCUGCAAUUUGGGUUUGAGAUAUUAAUGUGCGACACCGAUACGGUUUGGUUAAAGAACCCCCUGCCUUAUCUUGCACGAUAUCCUGAAGCUGAUGUGCUGGUAUCUACUGAUCAAAUUUCGCCUACGGUAACUGGCGAGCAGUUGGAUAACUGGGCACUAGUUGGAGAAGCUUACAAUAUUGGAAUUUUUCACUGGAGGCCAACUGAGUCCUCAAUCAAAUUAGUAAAAGAAUGGAGGGAAUGGCUUCUGGCCAAUGCAAGUAUAUGGGAUCAAGAUGCCUUCAAUUUGCUUGUUAAGAGGCGGCUGGGUCCACCUGUUGAUGAAGACAGUGGUCUAGCAUAUGCUUAUGAUGGAAACCUUAAACUAGGUCUUCUCCCAGUGAGCAUCUUCUGUAGUGGACAUACCUACUUUGUGCAGGCCGCCUACAAGCAACUCAGGUUGGAGCCAUAUGUUGUGCACACCACAUUCCAGUUUGCUGGUUCUGCAGGAAAGAGACAUCGUAUGCGUGAAGCCAUGCUAUUUCAUGAUCCACCUGAAUAUUAUGAUGCACCAGGAGGUUUCCUGACAUUUAAACCUGACAUUCCAAGGAGCUUGUUAUUGGUUGGAGAACAUACUCUUGAAUCACAUUUCAAUCUUGUCAAUCACCAAAUUAAACAGAUAAGGACGGCGCUUGCAAUUGCAACAAUGUUGAAUCGUGUAUUGGUCAUGCCUCCACUAUGGUGCAGCUUCGAUCGGCUUUGGUUUGGACAUCCAGGGGUUCUGCCAGCAAGCUUGACUAGACAACCUUUUAUCUGUCCUAUGGAUCAUGUCUUUGAGGUGCAUCUGAUGUUAAAGAAAUUACCAGAGGCCGACUUCGGGCCAGAAAUUAGCUUCAGGGAGUAUUCUUUCUUUGACAAUCCUUCUGUGCCUCACCAGGUGAAAAAAUCAUGGGUUGAUGUGCAGCUUUGUGAAGAAGGUUCACAUGGUUGUGAAAUUUCAAAUAGAACAAAUAGAUGGGGAUUGCUCAAGGUCCCUAAGCAACGUACAGAGGAAGAGUUAAAGGCCAUAUUUUCAUCCUUCAAGGACGUCAAAGUGAUUCAGUUCUUGACAAUGCAAGACGCAUUUUCAGGAUUCAUCGACAAGGCUAAGGAAAAAAGGUUCAGGAAUCGCGUGAACAAGUAUACAGGCAUUUGGUGUUGUCUGCAAAACAGACCUCGUAGUCUCAGUCACAUAUACUACGACAUGUAUUGGGACGAAAAACCCGGGUGGAAACCAAUACCUCCCCGGGAUAAAUCUGAAGAUCAUCCUCCUCUACAGAUACAAGAGUUUUUGUAGAAG